AGCAGCAGAGAGUAUCAUUGGAUGACUGUCAGAAGCUUCAUCUUUUGGCCAGAGAUUCUUGAACUAUGGGAGACUGCUACAGAAAGGAACAAGGUCUGUAUUUUUUGCUUUUUCUUUGUCUUCCUGGAGCACUAAGUAUUUUACUUCACUAUUCUGUGCCUGAAGAAAAGAAGAAGGGGUCUUUGGUGGCUAAUGUUCUGGAAGAUCUGAAACUGGGAAGAGGGGAGCUGUCUGCUCGCAGAGCCCAGCUAGUGUCCAAAGACACUAAGCAAUAUUUCCACCUUAAUACUCACUCUGGGAAUCUGUUGAUAAAUGAUAAGAUAGACCGAGAAACAUUAUGUGGCCAGACUGAUCCUUGCUUAUUACAGUCUGAAAUUGUGUUGCAAAAUCCCUUAAAGAUCUACAGUAUUGAAAUCAAGAUAGAAGAUGUGAAUGAUAAUGUCCCCCAAUUCUCUAAAAAGGCUUUUGAUCUGGAAAUUCCUGAAAAUGUCUCUCCAAAUACACAUUUCCCAUUGGAAUCUGCCCAAGAUGAGGACCUAGGGAUAAAUAACAUCCAAAAUUACACUCUUAGUCGCAAUGAACAUUUCAUGCUUAGCAUGGAGAGCAACAAGAAUGGAAGGAAAUAUGUGGAUCUUGUCCUGAAGAAGCCACUGGACAGGGAGAAGGACCCACACUAUGGACUGACUCUCACAGCUGUGGAUGGAGGGGAGCCACAGAGAACAGGCACAGUUCAAAUAAAUAUUGAUGUUCUUGACAAUAAUGACAAUUCCCCACAGUUUACUCAUUCUGAAUAUAAAGUAAGAUUAAAAGAAAACAGCCCGCAAGGCACUCUGGUCUUCAAAGUGGAAGCUACAGAUUUGGAUUUUGGCUCAAAUGCUCAGCUAGCCUAUUCAUUCAACCGGGUACCAAAAAAUAUAUACGAUCUGUUCCACCUAAAUGAAAUAACAGGGGAAAUCACCCUUUCUGGUCAGCUUGAUUAUGAAAAAGAAACCAGCUAUGACAUGAGCAUCAGAGCAACAGAUGGAGGGGGCCUUUCAGGUCACUGCAAGCUCCUGGUAGAGAUUGAGGAUGUGAAUGACAAUGCCCCUGAAGUGUCCGUCAUAUCCAUCACUAGUCCUUUGGCAGAGGAUUCUCCCCUGGAGACACUUGUGGCUCUCUUCACUGUCACAGACCGAGACUCCGGAGACAAUGGCAGAACCAUGUGCUCUGUGGAGACAAACCUUCCUUUUAUGUUAAAAACAACUGUGAACAACUAUUACCAGCUUGUAGUCCAAAGUCCCUUGGACAGAGAGAAAGUCUCAGAAUAUAAUAUCACCAUCACAGCCAUUGACCAGGGCUCCCCCAGGCUCUCUUCAACAAGAAUUAUUAAUGUUCAGAUCUCAGAUGUCAACGACAACCCUCCAGUAUUUGAAAAGUCUUCAUGUGAAAUGCAGAUAUGGGAAAACAAUAUUCCAGGACUGCUCAUUGGCUCAGUCCAUGCUGCUGAUCUGGACACUGAGAAGAAUGCCAAGGUCACCUACUCCCUUUUGCCUGGGAAGGUCACUGAUGGCCUUGUGGCCUCUUAUAUCUCAGUCAACUCUGAAAGCGGAAAUCUGUAUGCCCUCCGAUCUCUGGAUUACGAGCAGAUCAAAGAUUUCAAAGUGACGGUGAGGGCUACAGAUGGAGGGUCUCCUCCCCUCAGCUCAGAAGUUACUGUUCGAGUCAUUAUCAUAGACGAAAACGACAACACUCCCUUCUUCCUCUACCCUCUUCAGAACAGCACAUCCCCCUGCAAUGAGCUGGUCCCCAAGUCGGUGGAGGCCGGCUACCUGGUCACCAAGGUGGUGGCUGUGGAUGGAGAUUCUGGCCAGAACUCGUGGCUUUCCUAUGAGCUGCUGAAGGCCACCGACCCUGGUCUUUUCAGCAUAGGAGCCCAGAAUGGGGAAGUGAGAACCAGGAGAGCCCUGACCGAGCGAGACACCAGCAAGCAGAGACUCGUGAUAGUGGUGAGGGACAACGGGCUCCCUCCCCAGAGCAGCACUGCCAUGCUCCAUGUCCUUCCCGUGGGUGGCUUUUCGGAUCCUUAUAUGAAGGCUGUGGAGGUCAGUAAAGAGGAACACGAAGAAGAUGGGACCAUGACCUUGUAUUUGGUGAUCUGCCUGGCUGCAGUCUCCUUUGUGUUCCUCGUCUGCAUUGUUUCAUUUGCUGCUCUCAAGAUCUGCAGGAGGGAUCCCAGGGAAAGUUUUAUCGCUGCCCCUCCUCACUUCCCACCUGCCAGACCCGACAUCCCAGAGAACUGUGGCGAUUCUCAGAGCGGGUCGCUUUCCAGGAGUUACCACUACGAUGUUUGCUUAACCGGUGGGUCCUUGAGCAGCGAGUUCAGAUUCCUCAGGCCCCUCAUUCCUGUUUUUUCUGUGGGGGACCCAAACCUCAAUGUGAACCAGUCCAUUCCUGCUUCUCAAGAUAUUCCUGACCAGGUGGGGAAAGAAGAAUCAGAGGAAAAGAUGGGAGACUGCUACAGAAAGGAACAAGGUCUGUAUAUAUUGCUUUUUCUUUGUCUUCCUGGAGCACUAAGUAUUUACCUUCACUUUUCUGUGCCUGAAGAAAAGAAAAGGGGGUCUUUGGUGGCAAAUGUGCUGGAGGAUUUGAAACUGGGAACAGGGGAGCUCUCCCUUCGUAGAGCCCAGCUAGUUUCUAAGAACACUAAGCAAUAUUUUCAUCUUGAUACUCACUCUGGGAAUUUGGUGAUAAAUGAUAAAAUAGACCGAGAAACAUUAUGUGGCCAGACUGAUCCUUGCUUACUUCUCUCACAAAUUGUACUGGAAAACCCCUUAGAGAUCCACAGUAUUGAAAUCAAGAUAGAAGACGUAAAUGAUAAUGUUCCUCAAUUUUCUAAAAAGGCAUUUGAUCUGGAAAUUCCUGAAAAUUUCUCUCCAGAUACUCAUUUCCCCCUGGAAUCUGCCCAAGAUGCGGACUUGGGGAUAAAUAACAUCCAAAACUACACACUCAGUCCCAAUGAACAUUUCCGGCUUGAUGUUAAAAGUGAUGAGGUUGGAAACAAGUAUGUGGAUCUUGUCCUGGAGAAGCCACUGGACAGGGAGAAGGAGCCACACUUUGGACUGACUCUCACAGCUGUGGAUGGAGGGGAGCCACAAAGAACAGGCACAGUUCAAAUAAAUAUUGAUGUUCUUGACAAUAAUGAUAAUUCCCCACAUUUUUCUCACUCUGAAUAUAAAGUAAGAUUAAAAGAAAACAGCUCACAGGGCACCCUGGUCUCCAAAGUGGAAGCUACAGAUUUGGAUUUUGGUUCAUAUGCACGAAUCGCCUACUCAUUCUAUAGAAUGCCUGAAGAAAUUUACGAUCUGUUCCACCUAAAUGUAAUCACUGGGGAAAUCACUCUUUCUGGUCAGCUUGAUUAUGAGAAAGAAACUAGCUAUAACAUGAACAUCAGAGCAACAGAUGGAGGGGGUCUUUUGGGGCACUGCAAAGUCCUGGUAGAGAUUGAGGAUGUGAAUGACAAUGCCCCUGAAGUGUCUGUCAUAUCCAUCACUAGUCCUUUGGCAGAGGAUUCUCCCCUGGAGACACUUGUUGCUCUCUUCACUGUCACAGACCGAGACUCUGGUGAUAAUGGCAGAACCAUGUGCUCUGUGGAGGCAAACCUUCCCUUUGUCUUAAAACCCACAAUGGAUAACUAUUACCAACUUCUGGUCCAAAGUCCCUUGGAUAGAGAGAAAGUCUCAGAAUAUAAUAUCACCAUCACAGCUGUUGACCAGGGCUCUCCUAGGCUCACUUCAACUAGAAUUAUUAACAUUCAGAUCUCAGAUGUCAAUGACAACCCUCCAGUAUUUGAAAGGUCUUCAUGUGAAAUGCAGAUACGGGAAAACAAUAUUCCAGGACUGCUCAUUGGCUCAGUCCAUGCUGCUGAUCUGGACACCGAGAAGAAUGCCAAGGUCACCUACUCCCUUUUGCCUGGGAAGGUCACUGAUGGCCUUGUGGCCUCUUACAUCUCAGUCAACUCUGAAAGCGGAAAUCUGUAUGCCCUCCAAUCUCUGGAUUAUGAGCAGAUCAAAGAUUUCAAAGUGACGGUGAGGGCUACAGAUGGAGGGUCUCCUCCCCUCAGCUCAGAAGUUGCUGUCCGAGUCGUAAUCAUAGACGAAAAUGACAACGCUCCCUUCUUCCUCUACCCUCUUCAGAACAGCACAUACCCCUGCAAUGAGCUGGUCCCCAAGUCGGUGGAGGCCGGCUACCUGGUCACCAAGGUGGUGGCUGUGGAUGGAGAUUCUGGCCAGAACUCGUGGCUUUCCUAUGAGCUGCUGAAGGCCACAGACCCUGGUCUUUUCAGCAUAGGAGCCCAGAAUGGGGAAGUGAGAACCAGGAGAGCCCUGACCGAGCGAGACACCAGCAAGCAGAGACUCAUGAUAGUGGUGAGGGACAACGGGCUCCCUCCCCAAAGCAGCACUGCAAUGCUCCAUGUCCUUCCCGUGGGUGGCUUUUCGGAUCCUUAUAUGAAGGCUGUGGAGGUCAGUAAAGAGGAACACGAAGAAGAUGGGACCUUGACCUUGUAUUUGGUGAUCUGCCUGGCUGCAGUCUCCUUUGUGUUCCUCGUCUGCAUUGUUUCCUUUGCUGCUCUCAAGAUCUGCAGGAGGGAUCCCAGGGAAAGUUUUAUCGCUGCCCCUCCUCACUUCCCACCUGCCAGACCCGACAUCCCAGAGAACUGUGGCGAUUCUCAGAGCGGGUCGCUUUCCAGGAGUUACCACUACGAUGUUUGCUUAACCGGUGGGUCCUUGAGCAGCGAGUUCAGGUUCCUCAGGCCCCUCAUCCCUGUUUUUUCUGUGGGGGACCCAAACCUCAAUGUGAACCAGACCCCUCCUUCUGCUUCUCAAUAUAUUCCUGACCAGGUGGAAGAAAAAGAAUCAGAGAAAAAGGUGAGGGAUUACACCAGUGAAUUAACUUGUGAUUAA